AAGAGCCCGCCUCCUGGCCCAUAAGGCCCUGGGUCGGAAGUCUCACUCUCUCUUCCUGUUUCCCAUCAUGGCGCAGGAUCAAGGUGAAAAGGAGAACCCCAUGCGGGAACUUCGCAUCCGUAAGCUCUGCCUCAACAUCUGCGUGGGAGAGAGUGGAGACAGACUGACCCGGGCAGCCAAGGUGCUGGAGCAGCUCACAGGCCAGACCCCUGUGUUCUCCAAAGCUAGAUACACUGUCCGAUCCUUCGGCAUCAGGAGAAAUGAGAAGAUUGCUGUCCACUGCACAGUCCGGGGGGCCAAGGCAGAAGAAAUCCUGGAGAAAGGUCUAAAGGUGCGAGAGUACGAGUUAAGGAAAAAUAACUUCUCAGAUACUGGAAACUUCGGUUUUGGGAUCCAAGAACACAUUGAUCUGGGGAUCAAAUAUGACCCAAGCAUUGGUAUCUACGGCCUGGACUUCUACGUGGUGCUGGGUAGGCCAGGUUUCAGCAUUGCAGACAAGAAGCGCAAGACAGGCUGCAUUGGGGCCAAACACAGAAUCAGCAAAGAGGAGGCCAUGCGCUGGUUCCAGCAGAAGGUAAAGCUUGAUUUAUCUCAGGUGAUGUGGUGGAAUGUGGUGUUGGUGAGUAGAGCUGGGAUACGGGGAUGCAAGAGCGAGCACCCUUUGGUGGGUAGCUUUCUUAAAGAUAGAACACUUGGGCAACUUGGCCAGUGGGGGCUUCGCGGGUGUUGGCUUAAAGAACACUCAGGCUUUUUGCCCAGCCCCAUGAAUGCAGGUAGCUGGAAGGGGGAGGGAUGUGGCUUUAAUAGGAGCCACUUUUUCUCAGGGUGCAGUAAAAUUGAGCCUAGGGUAGCAGUUAAAACUGGCCAGCUUCCUGUUAAGGGAUAUGGGAGUAUCUGAUUUGAAUUCUCUUAACGUUAGCCAUUGCUACAAUCUUCACUGUUACCUCCUGUUCUGAAAAAAUUAAAUCUCUUCUCUUUCAGUA